UUGCGCAUGUAGCGCAGUUAAAACGCCAACGCGAAGCACAAGACGACGUCGGCCAUUCACGCACUUACCAGCUGACCUGUGUAUUGUAUUUCCAGAAGACCUGUCCGUCUAUGCACGAUACCUCUCUCUCUCUCUCUCUCUUUCUUCCACAUUUCAAUUCCAAUCUCUCCUCUCUUUUAACCCCCAAUUUCAAUCUAAUCCAAAACUCCCUCCAACUUCACGCCCAAUUCAUUUGCAGAGCUUUCAGUUGGUCCAAUUUCAACGGCCCAUAUUCAAUCUUCGACCUUGGAUCCUCGAAGGGUUUUCGUUUCUAUUAAGAGGAGAUUUGGAAUUAUGGAUUCGAGUAGGAGAGCUGUGGAGUCUUACUGGCGAUCGAAGAUGAUCGACGCGGCAACUUCCGAUGAAGACAAGGUCGCGCCUGUUUACAAAUUGGAAGAGAUUUGUGAGCUUUUACGUUCUUCUCAUGUCAGUAUUGUUAAAGAGGUAUCGGAGUUUAUCUUGAAGCGGCUUGAACAUAAGAGCCCGAUUGUUAAACAAAAGACUCUGAGAUUGAUUAAAUAUGCUGUGGGCAAGUCUGGUGUAGAGUUCAGGAGGGAAAUGCAAAGACAUUCCGCUGCUGUGCGUCAGUUAUUUCAUUACAGGGGUCAGUCAGAUCCAUUGAAGGGUGAUGCCCUUAAUAAGGCUGUGAGAGACACAGCUCAUGAGGCUAUCUCUGCUAUUUUUUCAGAGGAGAAUAAGCCAGCAACAACUACAGAAGACCUUACUAAACGAAUACAAGGAUUUGGGAAUACAAAUUUUGAAAUGCCAUCAGAAGAUAGGAAAUCAUUUCUUAGUGAGGUAGUCGGUAUUGGAAGUGCAUCUAUCAAGCAGGGACUUAGUAACUUCACACAAAAUCAUUCUUUAAGAAAGAAUGAUAAUGGAAACUACAGGAGUCCAAAUCUACGGAGGUCAUUGACCAUAGAAAGUGACCACUCAGAUAAAUAUGAACCAGUUCAGUUACGUAAUGAAACUCAGGGUACUUAUGGAAUUUCAAAGAGUGUGGCUAGUGGACCUUGGGACCAAGACACUGGGGCCUCGAAUGCACAGGUGACAAAUGGGGACUCUGGUUCAAGUCAUACAGCAAGUAAGACUCGUGAAGAGAGGUUAUUGGAGACUAUUGUAACAUCUGGUGGUGUACGUCUACAACCCACCCGUGAUGCCAUUCAAGUUUUUCUAGUGGAGGCAGCAAAAUUGGAUGCAGUGGCCUUGAGUCAUGCCCUUGAAUCUAAGCUUCAAUCUCCUAUGUGGCAGGUUCGCAUGAAAGCUGUGUGUGUGCUUGAGUCAAUUUUGAGGAAAAAGGAAGAUGAAAAUUUUGCAUUUGUGGCUUCAUUUUUUAGUGAAAAUAAAGAUAUUGUGAUCAAAUGUUCCGAGUCACCCCAAUCUUCUCUCAGGGAAAAGUCUCUCAAGGUGUUGAGCCUUUUGGGUGGGGAACAAGGAAAUGGCUUGAUGGGCAGUUCAGAAAAGUCAAUAAAGGCUGAGACUACUUUCGCUCAGAUGCCUGACUUAAUAGACACUGGAGAUUCAGGUGACCUCUUUGAAACAGACUAUUCUGCAAAUAACCCAAGUGAACAAAAGAUGACAAAUCUGACAAGCACGGCAAGUCCUUUAAUAGAUGAUCUAUUUGGAGAUGGUUAUGGUGAUGGCGGGAGCAUUGGAGAACAAAAAAAUGACGAUGACCCCUUCGCAGAUGUCUCAUUCCACACUGGUGAGAGUAAAGAACAUAUAGAUGAUCUCUUUUCUGGGAUGACUCUAGAUAGUAAGUCAGGUACUAAUGAGAAUCACGUGCCAACAAAUAAAAAUGGACCAGAACCAUUUGAUAUUUUUGGGUCAAUUUCUGAACUUCCGCUGGAGCAAGAAACUCAUAAAACAGAUGUUAAUGAUUUAAUGGCUGGUAUGUCUAUUAAUGAAAAUGUCUCAAAGACGAAGCAACCAGAAACCACUUCUGGCAUGCUUCCAGAAGGCAUCUUCUCAGAUUCAAGUUAUAAUUCUGGCAAUCAACUCGCAAAUGAUGCUUUAACUGGCACACUGGGUUCUCAAGUGACUGGGAUUAAUACAAAUCCAAUGUUUGCUUCUGGGAGUAUGCCAUAUAAUAUACCCCCCAGUAUGAUGUUGAAUCCUGCUUUUCUUACUCAGCCUGUAAAUUAUGGUGCUAUGGGUAGUUUUUUUGCUCAACAGCAAUUUCUGGCUAAAAUGUCCAACUUCCAACACUUGAGCAACCUUAAUGCACAAAAUCCUGGAGUUAGUCAUGGAGUUGGUACUGAUGGAGUUGGAUAUCCCACACCACUUCCUGAUAUUUUCCAACCAAAUUACCCAAAUCAAGUUCCUACUUCAAUGAUGAACAACACAAAGAAAGAGGAAACCAGAGCAUUUGAUUUUAUCUCGGACCAUCUUGCAGCAGCACGUGAUCCAAAAAGGGUGGCUUGAAUCUUUGAGGAUUAUAUGUCUGACCUUGGUAGGCAUCCUUUCCUUGGUAUUUGGUUUGAUACUUUAUUUAUUUGAAGUCCAGGUCAAACAUUCUUUGGCAACAAUGGAACAUCAAUCCAGUGGAUUGUAUCCUUGAAAAUAGGAUUGCAAGUGACGAUGAAGGUGUGUGGAGAUCCCGGAAGUAGAUUCUGUGUUUGAGAUUAGAAAGAGAAAAUGUGAUGUUUGUGUUUGUAUUUGGUAAUUCAGACGUGUUUUCCCUCCCUAGACGGAUUUGUAAAUUUUUUUUUUUUCUUUUUUCUUUUUAUUUUAUUUUAUUUUUUAAAAUUUUCAGCUUGUGCUUUUUUAUUCCUCCCACACCCACAGGAGUGCUUGUGGUGCAUGUAUUUGAACAUAGUGAAUAAAUAGACGUGCUCUUCGUCACAA